UGGUCCAGAUCCACUUCAAACAAGUGUAACAGUUGUUCAUCAUCAUCAUCAUCAGCUCCUAAAACCCUAGACCCAGGCAGGCACAUACAUAUCUGAACUGGCUAAAACCCUACCAUCAUAUGCCCACUUCAUUUCGUGCAAAACCCACAAUACCCCCCCCCCCCUAGAUUUUCAAUCUUGACAUGAAAAUUCAGCCCCCCAGUUGAUCAGAACAUGAUAAAAAGGAGACCUUUUUGUCAUGCUCUCUACUUCAAACCCAAAAAAGGACCAAUCACUCCAACCUGUGCUGUCUCUUUAGACCCCCAACCAAUCCCAAAUGACCACACGUCCCUUUGCCAAUCCUUAGUUCAUGACCUUCUUCGCCGCGGUCUUUUGUCCUCUGCACAGCAAGUUGUUCAGAGAUUCAUUGCCAGCUCUCCAACAGUCCAUGAUGCAAUCUCCGCCGUCGAGUUUGCCUCCGCGAGUGGCAUGGACCUUGGCCCUGGAAUUUCUGGUGAACUUAUUAGGAAAUUGGUUGACUUGGGCCAUCCUUUAUCUGCGCAUGAGUUUUAUCAUGAUCUUGUGGUUGCUAGAGGUAUUGAGCCGGACUCGAAUAUUGUUAAUUCUCUCGUUAUUUGUUUGGCCAAGUUAGGGAAAUUAGAUGAUGCCGUAAAGCUUUUUGAUAGACAUAUUGGUAGUGGUGAUUGUGUGGUUAGUAAUGCUGCUUGUAGCACGAUUCUUAAAGGGUUUUACGAGCAAGAUAAGUUUGUGGAGGCAUUUGAUUAUUUUGUUACGAUCAGUGAUGCUAAUGUGAAAUUGGGUAUGUGGGCUUACAAUGUUUUGAUUGAUGGAUUGUGUCAACAAGGGUACGUGGGUGAAGCGAUAGAAGUGUUAGAUAUAAUGUGCAGAAUAACUGGGUUGCCGCCUACUCUGCAUAUGCUCAAGACAUUGUUUUAUGGGCUUUGCAAGAGAGGGUGGUCCAUCGAGGCAGAGUGGAUUUUUGAAGAGAUGGAGGCACAAGGUUUCUUUGUGGAUAAGGUGAUGUAUACUUCGCUGAUGAAUGCUUAUGGUAAGGAUAAGAAGAUGAAGAUGGCACUGAGGGUUUAUUUUAGGAUGCUGAAGAAUGGUUAUGACCCGGAUAUUUGUACUUGUAAUACUUUGAUUUAUGGAUUUUCAAAGAUGGGUUUGUUUGAUAAAGCGUGGGUGUUGUACAACCUGAUGAAUGACCUGGGGAUUCAGCCUAAUGAGGUCACUUAUAGUAUAAUGAUUCAUAAUUAUUGCAAGAAAGGGAAGUUGGAUUGUGCUAUGUCGCUUUUGAAUAGCAUGGCUCUCUGCAAUUUGACUCCUUGUGUGCAUUGUUAUACGCCUAUAAUGGUCACUCUUUAUAAGCUGAAUAGGUGUUUGGAAGUUGAUGAAUGGUGUGAAAGAAUGCUGGAAAGUGGAAUUGUUCCGGACCAUGUUUUGUUUUUUGUACUCAUGAAGAAUAAACCUAAGGGGCUUGGGUUUGAGCUUCAACUCUGUUUGUUGAUGUUGCAGGCAAUCGCCAAGAACGGGUGUGGGUUGGACUGUUCUUCACUCACAAAUUCUGAUAAGAUAAAUUCCACUCUGGCUUUGGAGCAAGAAAUUGAGCUACUUCUGAGAGAAAUUGCAAGAAGUGAUUUGAAUCUAGGUAAUGUGGCUGGUGGUUUCUAUGUUAGUGCCUUGUGUGAAGGUGGAAAGACAGAAUCUGCAUUGGAUUGCUUGGAAAAUAUGGUAAAUGCGGGAUGUGUUCCUUUGCUUUUCACUUUCAACUCUCUGAUCAAACGUCUAUUCCAGGACGGGCUUUCUGAGGAUGUCAAAUCUCUGAUUGAAAUUAUGCAAAACUGGGGCAUAUCUCCAAACUUGGAAACUUAUCUGAUAAUGGUAAAUGAAUACUGUAGACAAGAGGAUCUGGCAUUGGCUUUUGGUAUUUUGGAGCAGAUGGAGGAAAUGGGUCUGAAACCUAAUGUAGCUAUCUAUGACUGCAUUAUUGCUUGUCUAAGCCAACAGAGGAGAAUCUCUGAAGCCGAAACUCUUUUCUGCAGGAUGCUUGAGAAUGGUGUGGAUCCUGAUGAAGUUGCCUAUAUGACAAUGAUCAAUGCUUAUGCUAGGAAUGGAAAAGGUGUUAAAGCCCUCCAUUUGUUUGAGAUGAUGAUAAAGAAUGCCAUUCAGCCAAGUUCUUAUUCUUACACUGCACUGGUAGCGGGUUAGUGAAGAGAAAAAUGACUAUUGAGGGGUGCGUUUAUCUUUAAAAAAUGUUGGCAGAGGGUUUUGUGCCAAAUAUUGUCUUGUAUACCUUUCUUAUCAAUCAUUUUCUGAAGAUGGGAGAGUUUAAAUAUGCCUUCAGACUAAUUGAUUUGAUGUUUAGAAGUCAGAUCGAAGCUGACCUUGUCUUGCACAUUGCUUGGAUUAGUGGUGUUUGCAGAAAUAUCUUUGGCACCAAGAAAAGAUGGUACAUGACAAACAGAAUGUCUACAAGGGCUAGAAAACUGCUAUUUAAUUUGCUCCAUCAAAAAGUUUCCUUGCCUGGAGAAGAUGUUUUUAGUGUUUCUGCUUGUUUUUUAGGGAAUAAAAGACUUAGCAUUGAAGCUCAUGCGGAAAAUAAAAGAACAGGGUUUAUGCCCAACCUUUACCUCUAUAAUGUCACUGUCUCCGGAUUUUGCGGGGUAAAUUUGAUAGAGGAUGCUUACCAUCAACUUAGACUGAUGCAAGAAGAGGGUCUACUUCCAAAUGAAGUGACUUUCACAAUUCUCAUUGGUGCACAUGGCAGGGCUGGUGAAAUUGAUCGGGCUAUUGGAUUGUUUAAUAGGAUGAAUGCAGAUGGUUGCAGCACCCCUGACAGAUGUGCAUACAACACUUUACUGAAAUCACUUUGCAGGUCUGGUAGAGAAUUAGAUGCUUUAUCUCUUGUGCAUACAAUGAGCAAGAGGGGCUUCUUUCCAAACAGGCUGGCUUAUGAAAAAUCACACCAUUAUUUUUGUGCUGGUCACAUGAGCAUUCCUGCCUUCAGGAUAUUUGAAGAAAUGGUUGCUUGCAAUCUUGUGCCUUGUCUGUAUAGAUGUAACUUGCUGCUUUAUAUCUUAUGUGAAGAAAAGAAACUCCACGAAGCUUAUAGGGCGAGUGAUGUGAUGUUUGAGAGAGGAUUUCUACCCGACGAGUCAGUAAUGAGGUUUCUAGUUGAAACAUCUGAUAAACACCCCCUGCUUCUUGUGAUCCAUGUUCUGAACAAAUAUGAACAGCCCGCUCUUUCUCAGUAGAUUUCGACUUUCACCAGUCUCUCACAAGUCUGCAGAAAUACUCUUUAUGGCUCUGCUUGCUUUGAUCCACCUUGGUCACUUUUCAAGUUUCUGUUCGCAGGAGAUCCCACUGUCUCCUAUGAAAUCACAAUCUCUUACAGCAGUUCCUGCUCUCUGGGAGUUCACCAUCAGGUUUUCUUUUAUCUUUCCUUCUUCCUGUAGACUCGACCUCCUUCUCUCUGGGUCAUGCACUGACUGGUAGAAUAUUUAUAAAGUUACCUUUUUGUUGAA